GCCGUUUCCCUCCCUCCCGUCUCGUCGGCCGGGCGGCAGCCGGCGCGGCCCCUUUAAUUCCCCCGCUCCCCUCCCCCGCCCGGCCGUUCCAGCCUCCAUUUUCCAGCGGAUCCGGCACCUGGAGGCGGCGGCGGCGGGAGCGGCCCGCGCCCCGCACCCGGUUCCGUCCCGGGCAUGGCCGCCAACAUGUACCGGGUCGGCGACUAUGUCUACUUCGAAAACUCUUCAAGCAACCCCUAUUUGAUACGAAGAAUAGAAGAGCUCAAUAAGACUGCCAAUGGAAAUGUGGAAGCAAAGGUGGUCUGCUUCUACAGAAGAAGAGACAUCUCAAGUACACUUAUUGUGUUGGCAGACAAACAUGCAAGAGAGAUGGAAGAAGAGAUGGAAAACCCAGAGAUGGUUGAUUUGCCAGAGAAGCAGAAACAUCAGCUACGACAUCGCGAGCUGUUCCUCUCACGGCAGCUGGAGUCUCUGCCGGCCACACACAUCAGAGGCAAAUGCAGUGUCACUCUGUUAAAUGAGACAGAAUCCCUGAAAUCCUAUCUGGAACGGGAGGAUUUCUUCUUUUACUCACUAGUGUAUGAUCCUCAACAGAAGACCCUGCUGGCUGACAAGGGAGAGAUUCGAGUUGGAAACAGAUACCAGGCAGAUAUAACAGAUUUACUAAAAGAGGGUGAGGAUGAUGGAAGAGACCAGUCAAAGCUUGAGACGAAAGUCUGGGAAGCCUUUAACCCGCUGGUGGACAAGCAGAUAGACCAGUUCCUGGUGGUAGCACGGUCUGUCGGUACGUUUGCCCGAGCGCUGGAUUGCAGUAGCUCUGUCAGACAGCCAAGUUUGCACAUGAGUGCUGCAGCAGCCUCUAGGGACAUCACACUGUUCCAUGCUAUGGACACUUUGCACAAAAAUGUCUAUGACAUUUCCAAGGCAAUCUCUGCCCUUGUGCCACAAGGUGGGCCAGUCCUGUGCAGGGAUGAGAUGGAGGAGUGGUCUGCUUCAGAGGCAAACCUCUUUGAGGAAGCACUAGAAAAAUAUGGAAAAGAUUUCACUGACAUUCAGCAAGAUUUUCUCCCCUGGAAGUCCUUAACAAGCAUAAUAGAGUAUUACUAUAUGUGGAAAACUACAGACAGAUACGUUCAGCAGAAACGAUUGAAAGCAGCCGAAGCCGAGAGCAAGCUGAAGCAGGUGUACAUACCCAACUACAACAAGCCAAACCCCAACCAGAUCAAUGUAAAUAAUGUCAAACCAGGAGUGGUAAAUGGUACUGGAGUACAGGCACAGAACGCGGGAGCAGGACGGGCCUGUGAGAGCUGUUACACCACACAGUCUUACCAGUGGUAUUCUUGGGGUCCCCCUAACAUGCAGUGUCGCCUCUGUGCAUCCUGUUGGACGUACUGGAAGAAAUAUGGUGGCUUGAAAAUGCCAACACGCUUAGAUGGGGAGAGGCCAGGACCAAACCGCAAUAAUCUGAGUCCUCAUGGGGUGCCAGUACGAAACAGUGGGAGUCCCAAAUUUGCCAUGAAGACACGGCAAGCUUUCUAUCUCCACACCACCAAGCUGACCAGGAUUGCCAGACGCUUGUGCCGAGAUAUCCUGCGCCCGUGGCACGCGGCCCGCCAUCCCUACCUGCCCAUUAACAGCGCGGCCAUCAAGGCGGAAUGCACAGCACGUUUACCUGAGGCAUCAGAAAACCCUUUGCUGUUGAAGCAGGUGGUUCGAAAGCCUUUAGAAGCAGUACUGCGGUAUUUAGAGUCUCAUCCAUGCCCGCCGAAACCAGACCCUGCAAAGAGCCUGUCGGGUUCUCUCAACAGCCUGACCCCUGCUAAGUUUACUCCUGUCAUUAACAAUGGGUCCCCAACUAUCCUGGGAAAGAGAAGCUAUGAGCAACACAACGGAAUGGAUGGCAACAUGAAGAAGCGCCUGUUGAUGCCUAGCAGGGGAACUUACUUAGGUCUGCCUAACCACGGACAAACCAGACAAAUGGGACCAAGCCGAAACUUGCUGCUCAAUGGGAAAUCAUACCCAACAAAAGUCCGAUUAAUUCGUGGUGGAUCCAUGCCUCCGGUGAAAAGGAGGAGGAUGAACUGGAUUGAUGCUCCAGAUGAUGUUUUUUACAUGGCCACUGAAGAAACCAGGAAGAUCCGCAAGCUGCUUUCCUCCUGCGAAGCCAAGCGAGCCGCCAGACGCCCUUACAAGCCGAUCAUCCUGCGGCCCAUGCAGGCGGUGCAGCUCCGCCAGCCCAUGAACGACGAGCCAAUCGUCAUCGAGGAUUAGC